AGAUCAAACCACAGUUCUUCAAUAACUCUCGUCGCAACAAAUAUCAAAGAUGGAAACCUUUGGCGGAAGCAGUUCUAGCAGCAGUAACGACAAGGAUAAUACUGUUGACUGGAAAAGAGUCGCAGACACUACUUCUGAAGGCAUUGAUUACAUAAGCAAUCUUCUAGAAGUACUUAUACUUCACAUUCUCUCUUUUCUGCCUUUGAAGCAGUGGAUUGUAGUCAGCCUCCUAUCAAGACAGUGGAAAUAUCUAUGGACAAAAAUUUCGAUCCUAAAUCUCAAUGAAAUUGAGAUUAUCAGUAACAUCAUGAAAAAGGAUAUAUUCUGUCCCCUAUGUGGUGACAUACCUAGCUCCUACCGAUGCUUGCACCACUCAAGAUACGCAGCAAGAAGCAAAUUCGUGGAGUUUGUGGAUCGAAUGCUCCUUUUGCACUCAGGGUCAGUGAUUGACACUAUGAGGCUUUCUUUCCUGUAUGAUUUUCAUGAUGGAUAUAACCAAAGGAUCGACACUUGGGUCCGUUAUGCCUUGGCAAGCAACGUCAAAGAGCUUGAAUUAAACUUCAGUGAUGCAGAACAUUUCCAAUUCUUUGAUCAGAAAGGAUUAACAGUAAGGCAUCCCGACCCACCUCGACCGUAUGAAUUGCCUUGUGGAUCUUUUGCACCAAAGAUAUUGAAAAGUUUCAUACUAACCUUUUGCAACUUCAGAACAUCCAAUUUUAAUGUAUUAAGCUCUCUUCAGAAAUUACAUUUGAAACAGCUCAAAGUCCUUGAUGGCUCCAUAGAAGAGAUAGCAUCUAAGUGUCCUGUCCUAGAAGAUAUAAUCUUGGAGUACUGUCUUAUUCCUGAUGGUUUUUUCGUGAGUAAGGAGGACAUAAAGAUCAAAAGACUUUCAGUGGUUCAUUGUGCAUCAAAUGAAAGGUUGCGUAUGAGUAUAUCAACUCCAAACUUAGUAAUGCUGAGAAUUAUAGGAGAAUGCCUGAACUCAGCAUCAAUUCAGAAGGCAACACAUCUUAUUGAUGCCCAAAUAGGUAUUUGUGUAAUAUAUACAAAUAAUGCAGACGGAGAUGCUCUAAACACACUGUUGAGAGGUCUGAGGCAUUGCCAAUCUCUAACUGUAAGCACCUGGAGCAUUCAGGUUCUGCCUAUUGAGUCAACACUGCAGCAACAACUACCAAUUCCACUUCGAAAAGUGAAGCACUUGAAACUGAUAGCAGCCAUCUCAAAGAAAGAACUGGCCAGAUUAUCUUGCCUAUUAAGGAGCUGCUCCAACUUGGAGAUUCUAACUGCAGUAUUAUCUGGACCUUUGGAUCUUCUUGGAUUCGAGCUUCCAAAUUCAGCCACAGACGACAUUUUUGAGCAAACCUUUUGGGAAUCACAAACUCUACCAUUCCCUUGCUUGCGAAACUCACUAAAGCAACUCACAGUAACUGGGCUAAUGGGAAGAAUCAAUGAGGUAGAAAUGAUCAUGUUCAUACUAAAGAACGCAGUAGCCCUUGAAAAGGUGAUACUAUUGCUUGCUGGACUAAACAAGUAUCUAUGCUACAGCCCAAAUGAAUUUGAAAGCUUCCAACAAAACUUAAACCAAAUCUACGACUUCAUAAGGACAUCCAUUCAAGCUGAAGUAUCAAUUUUCAUGGAGCCCCACCGCAACCUCCAUCAAGUUCCAUAAAUCCCCAUGUGAUCAAGUCUGUUCAUCUAAAAAAGAUUGCAGGAUGCCCUUUUUAUUUUCAUGCUUUCCUUUAUAAUGUCCCCUCUUGUUUUCCUUUAUUUAUGUAAGUUUAGUAUGGAAUGGAAUGCCAUCCAUUGCAUAAUAAAGUAUGGAACGCCAUACACAUUA